AUGCGUUUUAAGAGUUCUAAUACCACGGACAAAACUUUAAAAGAGAUUGUUAAUAAGCCCGAAAAUGCCAACAGAUGUGGUGAAUGUGGCCAUACUUUCCCCACUUGGUGUUCCAUUAACUUGGGUUGUUUUCUAUGUGGUAGAUGUGCAUCUGUACAUAGGAAGAUUUUAGGGCAAGAUGAUCAAGCUGCAUAUUCAUAUGUGAAAUCUUUGACAAUCGACCGUUGGUCUACAGAAGAUCUUGAUAUUUUAGCACGUAGUGGUGGUAAUAAAGAAAAUAGAAGAUUCUGGAACCCCAAGAAAGUUCCAUUUCCAUAUGAUGGUGAUGACGAUAAGAGUAAAGUUGAAAGAUACAUUAGAGAUAAAUAUGUGAUGGGAAGAUUUAGAUACAAUGAAGUUAGACCUGAAGAUUUUGGUCAAUCUGGAGAUUUAUAUCCUAUGAAACAAACAUAUGAUGAUGACUCUAGACAAAGGAGAAGUAGAAGUUCUAGUAUGCACGAUUUCGGUCCAAAUAGAUCAUCUGGCUAUAAUGAUCGUGAUUAUGGUCGUGAUAAUGGUCGCAACAAUCAAAAUCAUAGGGUCAGCAGCACUAGUAACAGUAGAAGAGGUACUGAAAGGCUAACUGGACGUAUGGCCAAAGAUUAUGAAUUGAGUAAAUAUUCAAGACAAUUGAAAGAAUUAAAUGACAUGGGGUUCACUAAUACUGAUAAUAAUGCAGAGGCAUUGUCGAUAUCUCGUGGGGAUAUAAAUAGAGCAUUGGACUUAUUAGAUAGAGAAGCCAAGAGAAAUUCUCCAUUACCAAGCAAACCUAAAUCUCCAGACCCUGUAAAGGAGAAGGAUCCUACUUUACCAAGUAGGCCUGAAAAGAAAGGCCCACAACCUGCUGUGUUCGAUGGGACUGAUCCAGAGCCAGCUGUAUUUGAUGGUACUGUACAACAAUAUUUGGAUCCUGCUACAGGUGUUAUUUAUGUCGAUCAAAAUCAAUAUUCUAUGGCUUUACAACAACAACAAGCACAACCUCAAGUUCAAGUAGCUCAAUCUCAAGUUGCUCAAGGCCAAAUUCAAAUUGCCCAACCACAAUUCGUACAACCAACUGGAGUGUCACCUUUGGGUGUUACACAGACGGGGUUUGCCUCACCUCAACCUUUGGACCAGACUGCUCUAAUGAACAUUUAUUCUGGCGCUGGCGCUACUAAUGUAUAUGGUGAUAUGCAAGCACAAGCACAAGCACAAGCACAAGCACAAGCACAAGCACAAGCACAAGCACAAGCACAAGCACAAGCACAAGCACAAGCACAAGCACAAGCACAAGCACAAGCACAAGCACAAGCCCAAGCACAAGCCCAAGCACAGGCAGAAGCACAAGCCCAAGCCCAAGCCCAAGCCCAAGCUCAAGCCCAAGCUGCUGUAGCUGCUGCACAAGCUCAAGUCGAUGCCCAAACGUUACAAGCCCAAGCAACAGCCCAAGCCCAAUUACAAGCACAACAAGCCCAGCAAGCACAACUUCAGGCCCAACAAGCACAACUCCAAGCACAAUAUCAACAACAGUAUCAGCAAGCAUACCAACAACCAGCCUCCCUUUAUGGCCAACCUACAUUACAAACAGCACAGACCCAGCAAUUUGGCCAGCCACAACAUCCUCAACAACCACAAUACGGUAAUGGCCAGAUGUACCAAAACUAUUACAUGUAA